CAGGUAACCAACCUUCGCUCUUUGCUUCCCAGAAUUUCUCUCUCCAUAAUUUGUGUUUUCACUUUUUCUUGUUCCUUUUUUCUGUCCUCCUUUUCCAAUUAAUCUGAUAAUGGAUGAUUGUCUUUGGUUUGAUGCGCUGAAAGUGUUCGGUGAUUCUGACAGUUUUAUUUUUCGGAUAAAAUGUUUUAGACUUGCCUGAUUGAUAUUAGGAUGUUAGAUGUUUUAUGGUUUUGAUGUUUCCUAUAGUUAGUUCUAUACUGAGGGUGUUGGUUCACUAUUUAUUGCUCUUGCCAAGGUUAAUUUGAAUGUUUAUCAUUCAUCAAGACCAAAAGCCGCCUUUUUUUUUGGAGAUGUAGUUUUUCAUUGAAACAGUGAUUCCCAUUAAGUAAGAAGGAAUAGAGGAAAUGAUUCGGGCUUCGCUUCCAAACUCAGUCUACUAGCUUUUCAAGUUUCAUGAUUUUCUAUUACACUCACAUUUUCUUGGGUUCACUUUCCUUUGAUUUCGGUUACUACUAGGGUUUCACGGUCUUCAAUAACACUCGCAUUUUAUUUCUUUCCCUUCCCCUUGAUUUGUUCUCGUUUUCUCAGCUUUUGUUGAAUCAAAAGUUGAUAAAAUUGGUUUUCUUUCUGACAAAUAGUGAUGUAUGGAAUCAGAUUGGAAAGGUUAGUUCUGGUUAGUUAUCUGCAAUGAUAGAAGGUAGUAGAAUCCGGUUGAAGACAUGGCAGCAGGCUGCUGUGGCAGUGGGUUCGGCAGUGGGGGCAUUGUUGGACCCUCGAAGAGCAGAUUUGAUAGCGGCUCUUGGUGAGACGACUGGAAAGCCUGCUUUUGAGAAAGUUCUUCAGAGGAUGAAGAGUUGCCCUGAAGGGAAGGCUGUGUUAUUGGAGCGCCCUCGUGUUGUUUCUGCAAAUGUCGGACAUGCUUGGGACCUGCUGGAAAACACAUUCGGUGCUGCCUAUGCUAGGUUUAUGGGAUCCAGGAACUUUUCACCAGAUGAUCGACCUCCUGUUCGGUUCAUGGAUACAGAUGAACUGGCCUAUGUAACAAUGAGAGCUCGUGAAGUGCAUGACUUCUGGCAUACCCUUUUUGACCUUCCCACUAACUUGAUUGGGGAGACAGCGUUGAAGGUUAUUGAGUUUGAGCAGAUGGGCCUUCCUAUGUGCCUGCUGUCCGUUGUAGGGGGCACCGCUAGAUUCAGUGGAAAGCAGAGGAAAUUGUUUUAUCAGCAUUACUUCCCCUGGGCUAUUCGUGCUGGCAUGCAAUGCACUGAUCUUAUGUGUGUGUAUUAUGAGCGGCAUUUUCACGAAGACUUGGAAGAUGUUCGCAGAAAACUGCAAAUUGUUCCUGCUCCCGUCGUUCCUUAGCUGUAUGUAUUCGGACAUGAAAGUUGUUUUGGUGAUGGCAUUGUGCUAGAGCUUUGCUAUCCAUAUUUUGGAAUAAAAUCAACUGUACAACCUUUUCCUCUAAUAUCUUAGUCAAUUAGUUUUGUAUUUGUUGGAUUUUAUCAUAUGAUCAGUAAAAUAGACUUACAUUACAAUCACAAC